AUGGACGAUUUAAGUGGAAUCCGAAAGGAAAAUGUUGAGAAUGCGGAGACUUCCGACGGCCGCAGUACUCCGGCCCCGAAUGACCUGGUUCUAAGACUAGAACAAAGGAUACUAGAACUACAAGGAGAACUUGAGCAGGUCCACAAUUUGGCAAAUUUGUCGCUAACCCUCAAUGUCCCUGAUAUCCACCAACAGAACGCAAAGAACCCAACACCUCCCAAAAACACACAAAGCCAACAGCCACAAAAUCCUACCGCACCAAAUCAAUAUGCAACUCCACCCCAAAACAUCAAUCUACUGCUAGUACCAACACUACCACAACAAUAUCACCAACCAGUUCAGUACCCGCCAGUCACCACUUACCCCACUCCCCAAAAUACACCACCAUUUGUUCCUGAUCCACAAAACUCCACCAAUGACCACCACUAUACCCAAGUUUCUGGCAUCCAUCAGAGCAACCCCAUAUAUGUGGAAACUAUACCGCAUUCUACCCAACCAAUUUCCUGCGAUAGAGGAAUAGAGGGUUUAAACUAUGAGGAUCUGUGCAUACAGCCCGAUGUGGAAUUGCCAGAAGGAUACAAGCCUCCCAAGUUCGAAAUGUUCGAUGGUACAGGUAGCCAGCAAACAACCGCCAUCCAAGCAGGAGCAAUCCUGCUCCAGCUCCUCCAGCCGUCCCGAGCCUUAACCGCUCAUCGUAGCUGCUUCCGCAUCUCGUGUCCGUUCUUACAAUGA